AGGCAUUUAUUCUGGUUGGGGCCUAUAAAAUGCAUUUCACCUGCACCGUAGCAAAAACCUCCUCUUGAAACCCGAAAAAUAAAACAAACAGAGAGAAGAAGAUGUGUGGCGGUGCUAUUAUUUCCGAUUUUGCCCCUCUCGUCACCAAGGCCAAGGGUCGUAAACUCACGGCGGAGGAACUCUGGUCAGAGCUCGAUGUUUCCGCUGGUGACAACUUCUGGGGUUUCGAUUCCACCUCCAAGUUCCAUCCCACCAACCAAGUUAACGUGAAAGAGGAGGAGGCGAAGAAGGAGCCGGCGACGACGGAGAAGCGGAGGAAGAGGAAGAAUGUUUACAGAGGGAUAAGGAAGCGUCCAUGGGGAAAAUGGGCGGCGGAGAUUCGAGAUCCACGAAAAGGUGUCAGAGUCUGGCUUGGGACGUUCAACACGGCGGAGGAAGCUGCCGUGGCUUACGACGUAGCGGCGAAACGGAUCCGCGGUGAUAAAGCCAAGCUCAACUUCCCAGAUCUGACUCAUCAUCCUCCUCCUCCUAUUCCUCCGCAGGUGUUGUCAUCACCCUCCGUGUCAUUAACUGAUCAUCAGCCUCCGGCGAAGAAGCUCUGCGUAGUAUCUCAGAGCGAGUUAAUAACUCAGCCGAGUUACUCGGUGGAGUGCGUUGGGUUUGGGAACGGGGACGAGUUUCAAGAACCGAGUUACGGGUUUGAGACUGAUUACGAUCUGAAACAGCAGAUAUCGAGCUUGGAGUCGUUCCUUGAGCUGGACGCUACCACGGCGGAUGAGCAGCUGAGUCGACUCGAUGAGUCGGUUUCCGAGGUGGAUUUGUGGAUGCUUGAUGAUGUCAUCGCGUCGUAUAAAUGAAAUGAAGUAAUAAGUAAAAACAAAGAUUGCAUUAUAUUAUGUUAUGUAACAGCCGUUACUUGUUAAGCUUUUUACCGUUACAUGAUGCAACUGCUGCUGAUGAUGUCUGGGUGGUGUAAUGUUGUGACUCAAAUCGUGCGUUAUAUUACGGUUUGUGUUAUUGUUAUUCUCUAUUAUGGAAACCUUACAUAGUGUGUAAUGUAAAUAUAGAUUUGUAAUAACAACUUUUAAACACA